UCAUGUGCAGCUGAUUGUUUAUAUUUCUUGUUUCCUAUGUUUUCUUUGCCUUCUCUCUCUGGGGCUUUUCAGGGUAGGGAUAAGACAGCUGAAGAACGAAGGAUUGCAAUUUGCAUCUUUGAUGAUGUUGCUGAGCAGUGUCGUGAGGCAGCUCUUAAAUAUUAUGAAACAUAUCUACCCUUUGUAUUGGAAGCGUGCAAUGACGAGAAUCCAGAUGUCCGACAGGCAGCUGUGUAUGGGCUUGGAGUGUGUGCUGAGUUUGGUGGAUCCGUUUUCAAACCUCUUGUUGGAGAGGCUUUAUCAAGAUUAAAUGUUGUUAUAAGGAAUCCUAAUGCCCAGCAACCUGAAAAUGUGAUGGCAUAUGAUAAUGCUGUUUCUGCCUUAGGAAAAAUAUGCCAGUUUCAUCGUGACAGAAUUGAUUCAGCUCAGGUAUUGAAAUAUUUCCUUCUUAUCUUUCAUGCAUGUUGAUGAUUUUGUUAGUCA